AACAACGCCAUCAGGCUGAUAUAAUAUCCAACAUUAAUAACUGGAUUUGAUUAUACAGCUGGAUUUGAUUAUAAAGAUUCGAUUCAAAGUUACGUGAAUCCAACAAUCGAUCUUUUACCGCCCAUCGAUUAGUAAGACAUAUUUUGAAACUAAUUUAAUUGUCAUGAAAGGUAAUUUAAAAUUUAAAUUGGAGGUUAUGGUUUAAUUUGCGUAACCCUAGAUCACAUAAUUACUGCUUCAAGGGCACAUGUCAUAUAACAUAACUUCGAUAACUUCACAAACAAAAUGACAUUGGAGCAGCUAAUACACUCUUGUGUCCUGCCUUUAUUUUCUUGGAUAGCUGAUUGUUGUGUUUAUUGUAAGUGUGAUAAGCAGAUUUCCUCACAAGAUGAUGAAAACACGAGCACUACAUCAAAUUCCAAUAAUGGGUAUGCUACAUCUGAUUCUAACGAUGAUAACACUCCAUCAAACUACAAAAAAGGGUAUGAUACAUCUGGUUCUAACGACGAUUAUACUCCAUCAAACUUAUAUAGGGAAUCGUAUAUCUGAUUCUAACGACGAUAACAAUCCAUCAAACUCCAAUAAAGGGUAUGCUACAUCUGAUUCUAACGACGAUAACACUCCAUCAAACUCCAAUAAAGGGUAUGCUACAUCUGAUUCUAACGAUGAUAACACUCCAUCAAACUCCACUAAAGGGUAUGAUACAUCUGAUUCUAAUGACGAUAACACUCCUUUAAACUCCAAUAAAGGGUAUGCUACAUCUGAUUCUAACGACGAUAACACUCCAUCAAACUCCAAUAAAGGGUAUGCUACAUCUGAUUCUAACGACGAUAACACUCCAUCAAACUCCACUAAAGGGUAUGAUACAUCUGAUUCUAACGACGAUAACAAUCCAUCAAACUCCAAUAAAGGGUAUGCUACAUCUGAUUCUAACGAUGAUAACACUCCAUCAAACUCCAAUAAAGGGUAUGAUACAUCUCAUUCUAACGACGAUUAUACUCCAUCAAACCUAUAUAGGGAAUCGUAUAUCUGAUUCUAACGACGAAAACACCCCAUCAAACUCCAAUAAAGGGUAUACUGCAUCUGAUUCUAACGACGAUAACA